CUCAUCGUACGCUUGCGCGGGAACCUAGGGUAACCCUAACCCCGGUGAAGUACCGAUAAGAUAGGUAGAUAGGUAGGUACGCUGUCAAAGCUAGGCUCAGCGCUGGCACCCACCGCCGUAACAACAACCCACCUGCACUUGUAGAUGCGACAUGCCACGACACUUGAUCAACUCGGCACCAAAAACUCUUCAGUAGUAAGGUUCCAAAUUAUGUCGCGAUUAGAGAAGAACCCAAGCGGACCCCCCAGAUGGGUGGCCGAGCUACAGUCACCCAUGCCACCACGUACAAAAAGCGGAAACGUUGCUGACCCCCCGGGAUUCCCGUCACAAUCGGGCGGCAACUCCAAGAAACGUGAUGCCGCAAUCAAGGACGGCAGCAAACCCGCGACGAUGCAGACCCCGGAGGAGGUGGACACGCUGAAGGUGAAGAAGGCGUGGGAGGUGGCGCUGGCGCCGAUAAAGAGCCUACCGAUGACUUUCUUCAUGAUGUACAUGUCUGGCAACUCGCUGCAGAUCUUCACCAUCAUGACGGUCUUUAUGGCGUUCAAAAACCCCAUUGUCGGCAUCCUCGGUACAGCGCAGGCCUUUGAGCGCUUCGAGACCGAGUCGAACCGCGCCCAGAUGCUGCAGGUCAAGCUGGCGUAUGUGGUGAUGCAGAUCGCGGCGCUGGGGCUGGCCCUGUGGAAGGUCAACGCGAUGGGGCUGUUACCGACGACGAGAUCGGACUGGUUGGCUUGGGAGGCUCAGAGGGAGCCCCUAGAAUAUGCGCUACCUGCAUUAUGAAGUUGAGAAUGGUACUACAGGCUAUUGUGUCUAUGAGUGAGCGCGGUGCACGCGGCUCUCUAGAGACGUUAUCUAAUAGACUUCAUUCAUCCUCUAUAAAGCCCACAUAUUAUUGUCGCCUUUGAGCCUCUGAAUCUAGAAAUUAACAAGGUUCCUAAUAGUAUCUCCACAGAAG